AUGCGUCAGGGAUUCUGGAUCAAUUACAUCGUCGAUAGAACCAUAGACCCUGCCGGCCCAACUCAAUGGCUCAUUCCUGUGGGACUCCAACUGGCCCCCGGAGCUAUUUUCUUCGUUGUGUCCCUUUUUGCCCCCGAAUCACCUCGUUGGCUUUGUAAGAAGGAUAACUGGGAUCAGGCCAAGAAGAAUUUGGUUUUGCUGCGGAACCUCCCAGGCGAUCAUGAAUAUAUUCUGGAAGAACUCGCUGGGAUUAAGGAGCAGAUUGAGCUCGAGCAGCUCAAGUCAGGAGGGAGUUCUCUAAAAGCGAAUCUCAAAGAGAUGACCCUUAAGGGGAACAGAAACCGUGUUGGUAUUGGACUAUUAUUGAUGGCUUGUCAGAAUCUGACUGGUGUUAAUGUUUGUUCUCCUGUUAAUCCGAUAGCAGACCUAAUCGCAUUUGCUAACAUGAAGAAGAUUCUUACCUACUACUCGCCUCGUAUUUUUGAAACUCUUGGAUUAACAGGAACCUCAACAAAGUUAUUUGCGACGGGAUGUUACGGAAUCGCUAAAACUCUCGGGAUGGUGAUUUUCGCUGUUUGGCUAGUUGAACGAGUUGGUCGACGAAAGGCCUUGAUUUAUGGCGCCUUUGUGGGUAGUAUUCCAAUGUGGUAUAUUGGAGGAUAUGUUAUGAAAGCCGACCCCGAAACAGCAGCUGCGGAAGGAAAAUUCACCCAGAGUGGUUGGGGAUAUCUUGCGAUGGUUUGCGUAUACCUCUAUGGGCUCGUGCGUAUCCCCCUCCCCUCGCUAGCUUCAAAGUAUUGA